CAUGGAAACGCGGCCUGGCCGCGACGCCAGCGCUUGCAGUCAGGGAAUCGUAGAAUCAUCGUGGAAUCAUCAAUAUUGCAUGAGAUCUUCAAGUUUAUCCAGUCCACCCGCCAGCCCAGCGCCACCACUGUUAGCUUCUUGGAAAUGUUAACUCUUCUGCCAGACAAAGCUGCAAGAGGGCUGAACCAGAAAAACUGCUCUAGAAACCUUGGACCAAACUGGUGCUUCUUGGCUGUGUUGUAAACAGUGGCAGUGAGACUUGCUGAAUGGGCUUAGAAAAGGCCUCUAAUCAGAAACCAGUUGAUUACGGAGUUCUUCAAGCCAGUUUUAAGUCAAGACAGAACUGUGCUGUCCUCACCAGACAAAGGAAAUGUAAAAGAUGAAGGAAUGGGACUGUCAGUCUUAUGCACUGAAGGUUUUGAAAGGAAUUCACCUUCUCCAAGGAAGGUCAGAAGAAAAAGAUGCCAGACCAAACACCAGAUGAGUCCUGUGGGAAAUGGAUGUCCUGUAAGAAAAUUGCCUUUUGGUUCAAGGGAGAUUGCCCCAGAUGACCCAUCUCAGCUAAGGCUAACACAGGUUUUAGAACAUGAGACAUCUCCACAUGCAUUUAGAACAUCAUCUGAGAUGGCCUCUGGUGCACCAAAGAGCCCUUCACACUUCCUUAAGUUGUCCUUUGGGCUAUCCAAACCAAGAGACUCUCCUGGGAAAAGAAAACACUCUGCCAUGGGUGUGGAUGCAGAUAGUCCAGAGCAAUCUGAAGUGAACGACCCUGAUUUUAGUAGACCAUCAAAAUGCAAAAAUUGGAGGUGUGGCUUUGUAAAAAAUAUCUUUUUGAAGUCUCCUCAUGAUGAUGUUCUGCAACUCAAGGAGCCUGCUGCCCUGUCUAGACAUGAUUUGACUCUUUCAGAGGAAUUCCUCAACUCGAGCAAUGAAAAGGAGAAAAAUAAUUACUCCACUGUAGGUUUGUCACCUUCAUAUUCUGCACACAAUCCUGCUAAAAAUAACCACAUUUCUGUUGUGGAUACCAAAGAGAAUCAAUUGCAGCUGGCUAACUCGUGCUUUUCCUUGGAAAAGUCCCUUCCUUUUUCUCAGGAAAAAAGUACUGUGUUGCCUUCUCCCCACCACUUAACACAAACAAAAGGCAUGAAAUCCCCUCUCCAGGUUGCUGGCUUAUCUCAGGUAUUGGAUGUUAGGAAAGAGCAAGAUAAAAGACCAGAAAGACAUGAACGGAAUAAAGGAUGCAGUGUUCAACCCAGCUACAGUUUUUCAAAUACAGUCCCUGAGAUUUCUGAAAAUACUUCUGAUUCCUGUAGAAUGGAAAUCUCUGGCAGACUUGGACUGUCCCCAGAGGCUGGCAAAGGUGUUCCCCCUUCAUUGCCUUUGGAAGAGCCUUUUGUGGACAGCAGCCAUGAGUCUUCACAAUCCUCACAAGAACUGGAAGUUAAAAGGAACUCUACACACAAAUCCAAGCUGAGCAGAAAAUGGCAAAGCAGCUCUGAGAGUGAAGAUGACAUUUUGGAAUCCAUUCUAGAUGAGGAUGAUGAAGAAGAAGCAUUAAUGCCACUGCAAAGAAUGCUUAGUUCAAGUCUCAAACCACAGGCAAAAACCCUGGAAGACUCCUUUGACAAUGCUUCUCAGGACACUGUAACUCCAUUACUUAAGCUUCAUCUUUCUAAGACUCCUGUUAUAAGCAAGGUGUCCUAUGUGAACAGCUUAGAUCAUCUCUUGAAGGAGAAAGAAGAAUCUAGAAGGUUAGAGGAAAUAGCAAAACAGUUACAGGAAGACAUAGAAAGAGAGGACAAUGCUUCAGAUGGAGAAAAGGAGGACAAUCCCAGUGGAGAUGAUCUCUUGGAAGAACACAGGGCGUUUAUAAAGAGAUUUUCAGUAGCAACUUAUGUUAUACCUGACAAACACCCUGGAGAAGAUCUAUUUGAUUUAUCAGCUGCUGGGAAAAUCUUCACUCAACAUAACCUUGACUUGAGGAAUUUUCACUUGGUCCCUCAGAAUCGUAUAGAAUAUCUGCUUGUGAAUUCUAGUGUAACACAGCAACUUUUUUUAGUUGUUAAUGGCAUUCUGAGUUCUGCUUACCGUGACACAUUGUGUCCCAUACCAAUUCUGAAGUGGCUGUUCCAGAUGAUGUCUAUUCAUUCUGACCAUUGUGUUUCCACCAAGAUCUUAGACAGAUUGAUGGAGUUAUCACUAAAAAACUCUUCCAUCAGUGAUGAGCAGCUUAAACCAUGGAUUCCUUCAAUAGCUGAUAUAUCAACUGUUUUUGUCAAUAUGGGUGUUGGGUUCAGAUCUCUCUUUCCAUUGCAACAUCUUCAACCCCCCUUCACUGAGCAUGAUAUUUUAAGUCAGGUGCAGGAAUCAGUGCGUCAACAACAGCUAAGAGGAGAUGAGGCCACUGCUAGUCCAGCAUUGCCCAGUCUACUGGAAAACAAUUUAAUUAAUGUGAUUAAGUUUCUAGUUUUCUGUACAUCAGUAAUUCACGAUGGAUAUACUGACCAAGAAAUAUGGCUGCUGCUUAUAUUGCUAUUUAAAAUAAGCUUGGAGAAACAGUUAAAACCUUUUCUGAUAGAUUUUCAGUGCCUUUUUUUCAAGCUGCUGAUGAAUAUAAAAGACUGGGAUACAAAGAUGCCUGAGCUGUGCCUGUCGGUGAGUGAGCUCUCCAGCAACCCCCACAACCUCCUGUGGCUCGUCCAGCUCGUGCCCAGCUGCGCCGCGCGUGGACGGGAAGUAAAGAGGCGCCUUAGCCUAGUGAUAAUUGCAAAAUUUCUUCAUAGAAAGCAUGUAGAAAUACCUGAUGACAGUGACAAGCAGAUGUGUCUUCUGCAUCACUUUCUGGUGUGUAUGAAACCUUCUUAUCUGCUGAAGAAGAUGAGAGAGAUGAGAAAAGGGCAGAAUGAGCACAAAGAUGAUGAAGUUCAUGCAGAACUGGAGCAUGAGGUAUAUUACCUGAUCUAUGUCCUCCUUCAUCUAGUCAGUGAAGCCAGUUUCCUUGAUGUUGUAAAUUCUAGUCAAAGGCAACACUUGCUGAAGCUUUGUCGUGCCUUAGAUAAGCACGUGAAAGGUGAUAUUAGGGAAGAUGCAAGAAUGUUUUAUCGGUCUAAGGUGAAAGGCUUGGCUGCUAGGAUAUAUGGGAAAUGGCAGGAUGUGAUACAAACCACUCGGCUCACUCAGGGAAAACUGCAUGACUUCUGGGAGCCAGAUUCAUGAAAUCUUGCCUAGUUAAGGGAAAAUAGCAGAAACUGAAAUCAAGGAGGAUGUAAAAUGAAUGGAGCUUCACCUUGUUUGGAACAGAAGAAAUCAGUCACCUGAGUUAGAACUUGAGCUUGAUUCACACAAGCUCUAGACACAUGAGAAUCUGAUUUGACUAACAUUGUUUUUUACUACAAGUGCUCUACUUCUGAGAAAUUGAAGUGGAUCAACUGAAAAAAAAAACCCAGCCAUUCCUAUAGCCCUAUCAGAACUGGCUAGAAGUAUUUUACUGUAUUGAAUGCUGAGGGAAGUUUUCUUGUUUCCCUUGUUAAUCACAAGACCUAUUUGAUAACAGAAAGUAUUUAUUUUCUUGCCAGCACAUACCUGCAAGCAUUGUUUUAGGCUGGCUGGGAAAGAACUACCCUGUGACAUGAAAUGAGAGUUCAGGAGGAGUGUUAGACCUCCCCUGUUGUGAGCAGGUGAGGAAGUGGUUCAGAUGUGGGCUGAAUCAUGGUAAUCUGCAAAGCAGAAUUGGUAUGAACAUCCAGUGUCUCUUAAAAAUACAAAGUACAGCAGUUGAACCUUCUUUAAAUGGAGAAUAAAAUAUCAUCUCAGUGGAGAUUAGAGAACACCAUUUGGCUCACCUUUGUAGAGACUGUGAAAGCCACGUGAUGGCUGAAUUCCUUGGUGUGGAGUCCUGCUGCACAGACAAUAUGUGCUCAAAGCUCCAGGAGCUGUUUAUGAAAUAAUCAGAGGAAAGUGUGAUCUCCUUUUGUGAUCUCUGUACAAAUGCUACACUUAAAUCUUACACUGUGGUUUGUCUGUAGAAUGGAUGUGAUAGGAAGAAAAAGUUCAGUUAUUGGGUAGAAGCACCAAUGGGGAUUCCCAUAAUAAGAGAGAUUUUUAAUAACAUCAACAUGUGUAUUUUAUAAUACUGUUAUAUUUUAAUUCUUGUAGAUUACCCUGUCUUGUAUGAAAUUCUCUAUGAUAAGAAUGUAAAAUAAGGCUUAAAAACCUGCCAACUACAAAACCUUCAAAUUUAAUUAUGUGUAUUACAUAUAAAAGAACUGCUAUAGAAUGGACACAGCUAAGAGGAAAUCUAUUAGAUUUGCAAAUUCAUACUAAAUGUUUUUUCUUUCAAGUAUUACAUUGUUAUGUCAAUGUCAUCUUCUACUCUUUGAUAGCUCAUCUGCCUUCCCCCUCGUAACAGUUGCUUACUUUGUUGGAUAUAUUGUAUGUAAUUUUAUUAAUGUUUUUAUUUUUUUCACUAAUAUUGUAUAAAGGUAAAAAAAAUGUGGAAUGUUUACUGUAUUUAAUGUGUACAUAUUUUCUUACUGUGUAAAGUUGUCAUUGCUGGCCUGUAUAUUUUGAAGAAAAGGGGAGGAGUUUAGAUGAACAGCUUUUGUACUGCAGUUCAAAGCAUGUUGAAACUGCUGAGGGUUUUUCCACACAAAAUAACCACUUUGAUAUUUUCUUUCAUUUAACAGAACAAUGAAAAAAUAAAACCAGACACUCCUUUUUAGUUAAAUAUCCCCGGACAAAAUGGGCUUUGUUUCACAAAAAACAAAUGGCCACAGGUCCUAUUUUAUUCUUAUGGCACAUGUUAAAUUCGUGGGUUCACAGCUGAUUAGCUCAUUAUAGGUGGAGACAGUCCUGAAAUCAUUCUCAGCUCAGCCAGGCCUGUGUUUUCCUGCUUAAUGCCUGUUCCAGCACUUUCCCUCUUCCCCCACUCCUGCUUGGUCUGGACUUCUCUUCCAUCUGUUUUGUAGCUGAGGAGUAAUUCCUCAAGAGCUGAAGUCUAGGUGUGGGUUAAACUGGUGCUCAUCAGAAUCCUUACAGAGAUGAUUCCCAAGCUUCACUACAGGGUUUUUACAAGAGGGUCCUGGCAGUGAAAUAGCAAACCUGCUGCCCUUGUGUUUUGCCAACUCAUUUGCUGUCCCUCAGCCAGGACUUACAGGCACUGGGAAAGGCUGUUCCCUUUUCCUGCAAAAGGUUGUUGCACACUAAAGGUCUUAACUGCUUUGGAUGUCUUCAGAGAAGCAUUUUGCACUUGAGGUCUAUCUUUUGAUACUCUGUUGGCUAUAUUAAGAGCCCGAUUAUCACAUUUCAUGUGGAAGUAGGUGCACUUUAUUGCAGUAAUAACAGAAAAAAAAUUAAAGUCUGGUUGUAAAAUACAA